AUGAGAAAUCCCGCUAAGAACAACGCCGCAUAUCGCGUGGACACCCGUGGCGCUGCUUUAGUCGGACAACGGAUGAUGCGAAAUGGGAAAUGGAAGCGCAAAGCUUCAUUAAAUGAAGUCAAUAAGGACGACAAGAAAGCUGACGAGAAGGCAGAUGACAAUCAAGAGCAGAAAACAAGCCGUAAGCAUAUACUCAAAUCAAAAGGGCAAGAAAACGAUGAGACGAAGGAGAAAGCUACGGCAAAGGACGCAACAAGCAAACCAGAGAAAGUGAAAAGUCCCACUAACCCGAAGAGCUCAAAGAAGAAAUCUAAACAACGUCGACAGAAAAGUCCAUCACAAGGAACAAAAACAACAACUAUAAAGAAUGAAAGUGAGGAAAAAUCAGCACAGGGUGAGCGCAAAACUGAGGCAUCUGCCAACAAGUCAGAUGGAGAAGCCACAGCAGAAUUGACUGAGGGGAAGGUCAAGGUGCCAAGAGCCACUCUUAAAGAUCUUGCAGAUGAAAAGAAAACAGAGAAAGAAGAUGAGUUGGCGCUUAUCGUCAAGGCCAAUGUGAAGGAAAAAAACGUCACUGGGAAGGAGGAUAAAACAGGGGCAAAGGAUGAAGAGAUAAUGAAUGUAGCUAAAGGCCAACAAGAUGAACGAGAGCAGAAGGAAGACGUGACACAAGAUAUCGAUAAGCAGAGCAGAACUGAAAAGGCUAAAAAGACUCCGGCAAGAAAGAAGCUAUUAAGUUCAACAGCCAACAUAAAUAAGGGAACAGCAGAGUGCAUGGAUGAAGAUGUAAAUCAACAAGAAGCAGACAAUAAUAUUGAAAUAACUGAAACGCCGGUCUCUAAUAAUAAGAAAGCGCGAAAGGAAAAGCGAUCCAAGAGCGCCUCUUCAAAAUCUGGCAAGAAUCCCAAGCGGGAAGCAAACAAAGAUCAGGAUGAGGUCUCUCAACAUCAAACAGAGCAAGAAACAACCGAUAAUAGUUUAAAAUCUUUAGAAAAGCAAAUCGCUGAAGAACCGUUAGACUUAAGCAUGCCUAAGAAAUCCUCAGAGUCUGAAAAGCAACAUGUUCUAUUAAAUGUCAAGCAAAUAUCAAAUAAUAAGAAUGAAAUGAAAAAAUCAGAUGAAUCUCAUAGCUCUACGCCGAAUGUGCAUCCAGCACUUAACCAAAUUAAAAAACAAAAGGCUAUGACAAAAAACCUGAAACAGAUACCUUCAAAUUCAGAAAAACAAAAAAAUGCACCGAAAUUACAGGAAGUUUCGACGAAAAAAAUGAAAAACAAAAAGCCAGAUGAAGCAAAGAUAUCUACAAAAAUAGAACAGAUUCCCGAAAACCCCACGCAACCUAUAACAGUCGAUAAGAAGGAUGGAAAUAAGAAAAAGAAAAGCGUGGAAUCUCUGAAUUCAUCAAAAGAAUAUAUUGCAACCCAGAAAGACGAAGGAUCAGCUAACAUGAACGUUGAACUAGAUCAAAAACAGGAUAAACCUAAAAACAAGAAAAACAAAAAGAGAAAAUUAGAAAAGAUUUCAAAGACAGGUCCCGAAUCCCUAAUUGAUCCACAGAAGUGCAAAGCUCUUGCGCCAGUUAUAACCACGUACAGCAACAGAUUUCUAGAGCAAACCAAUUUACUGCAAAUGAAACAGAAAAAUAUGCUGCCAGAGAGUACGGAACUCUUUUUCCAGAUACCAUAUCGUUACAAGUAG